UCCUCCUCCUCCUCCUCCUGCCGCUGCCUCUCCGCUCCCCGCCCCGCCGGGCAAUGAGAAGCUGCUUCUGCCUGAAACGGGGGAGCCGCGAUCAGCCGCCGCCAGCGCCCCGGGCAACAGAUCAGUCCACGAUGCCUGAGGUUAGAGACCUUGCCGAUGCUUUGCCAGAUGUGCAGAUGGACCCAAUCACCGGAGUCGGGGUUGUUGCUUCUCGGAACCGGGCGCCUACAGGUUAUGACGUAGUUUCACAAACGGCAGACGGGUUGGACGCCGACCUCUGGAAAGAUGGCCUCUUUAAAUCCAAGGUCACCCGAUAUCUGUGCUUUACACGGACGUUUUCUAAAGAGAAUAGCCACCUGGGCAACGUCUUGGUUGACAUGAAGCUCAUUGACAUCAAAGACACGCUGCCGGUGGGCUUUAUCCCCAUCCAAGAGACCAUGGACACACAGGAAACGGCGUUCCGAAAGAAAAGGCUUUGCAUUAAGUUCAUUCCUCGGGAUUCCACAGAGGCUGCCAUUUGUGAUAUCCGAAUCCUGGGCCGGGGCAAGCAAGCUCCUCCCCAGUACACGUUCAUAGGGGAACUAAACAACAUGAUCAUCUGGUACAGAAUGGGCAAGGUCCCACGAAAUCAUGAAUCAUCUCAGCCCACAACGCCUUCUCCACAAGCUCCGGCUACGACGCCAGCCGCUAACCUUCCCAGGCAUAUAUCCCUGACCCUUCCAGCCAGCUUUCGAGGGAAAGGGCAUGGCACACGGCCGGAUUUUGAGUACCAGCACUCUAAUUUAUAUGCCAUAUCGGCUAUGGAAGGCGUGCCUUUUAUGAUCUCGGAGAAGUUUGCCUGCGCUUCCGAAGGGAUGCAGCCUGUUGAUCUCCUGGGCAUCACCAUUAAAUCCUUGGCAGAAAUCGAAAAGGAGUACGAUUACAGCUUCAGGACGGAGCAGAGCGCCGCAGCCAGGCUUCCCCCGAGCCCCACUAGAUGUCAGCAGCUACCGCAGUCCUGAGGUCCUCAACUCCUUGGAAGGGAAUCACAUGUACUACUGAAUGGGGGGGGCUGACUCCCCAGCCCUCCUUUCUCCCUCC